AUGGGGCGGCCCGGGGCCCUGCGCCUGGCCCUGCUCGCCGCCGCCUGCCUGGGGCUCUGCGGGCCGCCCGGGGCGCUCGGAGCGUCUUUUUAUGGUGAAAGCUAUGUGGAGCUCAACAACAUUGAAGUUUCCUCCGAGCUAUCUCUUCAAUUAAAAUUUCAAACUAGCAAGUCGCACGGGUUACUUUUCCUUGCAGCUGGGAAACUUGACUAUUGCAUAAUAGAACUUCUAUCAGGAAUCUUACAGGUGAAAGUCAAUUUGGGUACAGCAGAACCAGUGCUUCUUUCUGAGCAAAGCCUCCGGAUGGACGACUUGGUUUGGCAUUUGCUGGAAUUGUCCUGUGUGAAGACUAAGAUUGUCUUGGUUAUUGACAAACAUCAUGAGACAACUGCCCAAGUUCCUGGGGGCAUGAAUAAUUUUACCUUUCACCGUGGCAUCUACAUAGGUGGCCACGGAGGACUGGAUGUGCCUUACCUGGGCAAAAGGAUUCCCAACUUCCGGGGCUGUAUGGAGGACGUGGUCUUUAACCAGAGGGAGAUCCUAGCAUCCCUUAGAUCGUACCCUGGUUUUAAGAAGGUGUAUGAGGUCUCUCUAGGAUGCAACGAUGAGUUUUUUGCUGGGGAGAAUGAAGCCAUCAGUUUUUUUAGCUCUCGAUCCUAUGUCACCUUUCCAGAAUGGGAGGUACAAGGGGAAGGGACGUUGCGAUUCGCCAUGCAAACCGGGAGCCGGCAAGCCUUGCUUUUAUUUCAAUCAGGCCAAGAGGGAGACUUUGUCGCCUUGGAGGUACAUGAAGGUCUGUUGAAGGCUCACAUCGGGAGGGGCGAGACCAGAACUCAGCUUUCUUCUCUUGCCUCAGUGAGCGACAGCGAGUGGCAUGUCAUUCAACUCAGAGUCACAGGAAGGUACCUGGACCUCAUGGUGGACAAGCAAGGGGUCAGGACCUCCCUGCCCGCGCACAGCAAGCUGUUUGUGUCUGAAGGGCCCCUCUUCGUGGGCGGCCUGGAUCGGGGCACGUGGGAGCAAGUGAAGAGGUUAGACCUCGCCUCUCUGGCUGGGAAAGCAGCCCGAGGAGUCUCUUUGAAAGGCUGCUUAGCAGGCCUGCAAGCCAACUCAGGCAAGAAAGCAUUACGGGACGCGCUUGUCUCCAAAGACAUUUCGGCCGGGUGUGAAAUGGACAGUAUCGGUCAUGCAAAUCCUUCCUUAACGGUAGGACACUUGCUCCAGUCCACGCUGUCUCCUUUCACCCCCUCUGGCAAUUCUUCCUCCCUUCAAGGUGAACGUGGCAAUUUUUUGGUUUUGAGUGACUUGGAAGUCCAAGAAGGUGGGCGAGCCUUGCUGGAGCAAAGACACAUGGAACUGAAUAUGCCCCUUAUGGAUUUGGGCGUCGGUUAUUCUCAGAUACUAUUUAAAAUAGAGAAAGUGCCGGCUCAUGGGUCCCUUCAAGUGGGCGCCUCUCCUGAGCAGGAAGCGGAGAAGGUUUUCACCAUGUUAGAUGUGAGGCAGGGCAGAGUAUGGUAUGUCCACGAUGGCUCAGAAGAGCCAACCGAUUGCUUUACGUUUUCGCUCUCCUCUGAUGGCGAGGAGGUGCCGUCGUUGCUACAGGGCCGGGUUCCACGCGCGUUGAACAUUAUCGUCAUCCCAGUGAAUGACGCCCCAUGCCUUAGGCUCCCGGAAGGAAACUUACUUCUCCUGUUUGAGAACUCCAAGAAACGCUUGACCCCAGAUCUGAUACAGGUGUCAGACCCCGACACCGAUUCACCGAGUCUUAGGAUUUCCAUUCUUAGCGACUUCCAUUCCGACGCUGGGUUUUUAGAAAAUGCCAACGACCCCGGGAGACCCAUCAGUGGUUUUCCACAUGAGGAUUUGAGAGACGGCCUCAUCUUCUACGUGCACAGGGGCCAUAGAAACUCACGGAUGGUUCUGAGAGCAAGUGAUGGUGAGCUGGUUAGCAAUACUGUGGUGUUACGUGUCAUGGCUGUUCCUCGGGAUUUUGAAGUGGUCAACAUGACCGGUGUGGCUGCACCACAAGGUGGUACUGUUCUGAUCACACGGAGUAAUUUGUCGGUGGAGGUUAACGGUGAACAACCCGGCACGGACGUUCACUAUGAUAUCACCCGUCCACCUCAGUUUGGUCAGAUUCAGCGUCGGGGAUCAAAUGGACAAUGGCAGCAAGUUAAUACCUUUCCUCAGCGUUCUGUGGACCAGCGUCAGGUCCGCUAUUACAGCACGCUCAAAGAACCGCAGCGAGAAAGCGUCGCAGAUCACUUCCAGUUCAACGUCCGCGUGGCAGGAGCGCUCAGCAGCGAGCUGCUGUUUCCCGUGACUGUGCAGCCGCUGAAAUUUGCACUUCAGAAAAAUGUUCCCCUGCAGAUUAGUGAUGGAAACAAGAAAGUGUUGAGCUCUAGUCAGCUGCAAGCAGCCACAGAGGGCGUGGAAACAGCCGAAGGGGAAAUCUACUUUAAGCUACUGACCUUACCUAAGAAAGGGAGGUUGCGCCUUGGUGAUCAGGUCCUAAGAAAAGGCUCAAUUUUCAGUCAAAAAAACGUCACGGACUCUGUGAUAAUGUAUGAGCCUCACAGGAGGCCAAGGCAAGAUUCUCUGGAUAGUUUCAGGUUUGUGAUUGUUGUAGGACACACAGAGUCGGAAGAUUAUACCUUCAGAGUAAGUCUUCGAGCAGCUGAGACACACAUUAUUUUAACGAACACGGGGGUACGUGUGAAAGAAGGAGAAGGGAAACUAAUUACCAGGUCAGAAUUAUUUGUGGAAACCUUGGAUAAUCAGACCUUCCGAUAUAAUGUCACCGACCAUCCUCGACACGGGAAGCUGAUGUUCGUGAGCUCCUUGGGGUCUCUGGAAAGUCACCCCGGCAUCACCACAUUUACAAACCAAGACCUAGCGGGGGGACUGCUCAUGUAUAUUCACGACGACUCUGAGACCCUCGGUGAUGAAUUCUCUGUCGUGGCUACUGCCACAGGACCCGGCCAAGAUGGAGGGGCCCCAGGUCUUGACGGUGAGCCUCUGUCUACAGAAAUCAAAGUCACCAUUUCUGUUGAGUUACAGAAUGACGAGGGGCCAGUGCGUGUGGUGGACAAAAUCUUCCACGUUGUACGGGGCGGCCAGCGCUUACUGACCCUGGAAGAUCUUCGUUACCAUGACCCCGACAUAGACUUUGAUGACGGCCAGUUGCUCUAUACCCGGAGGGGCAUCCCAAAUGGAGAUUUGGUAAAAACCGGUGAUGCCACCCAGAAACUCUACCAGUUCAGGCAAGAGGACAUGAGGGAAGGGCGCGUGCUCUUCAGGCACCAGGGCGCAGACUCUGCCCGAUUCCUGCUGCUCGUCACGGAUGGCAUCCAUUACGUGCCCGCCCUUCUCGAGGUCAGUGUGUCGGAGCCGUACGUCCACAUAGUCAACAACACGGGGCUGCUGGUGCACAGAGGGGAGGACGGUCCCCUCACAACAGCCAACCUGAGCGUCACCACGAACCAAGACGUCAGAACAGACCGAGAUGUUGAGUUCCACAUCGUACAACCCCCAAAGCAUGGCCAAGUCUUGGUCAACAAUUCUGCGUCUCCCUCGUUUUCCCAACGUGACCUGAAGCAGGGUCAUGUGAUUUACAGACACCAUGGCAACGGCAGCUUUGAUGCCUUUAACCUGACAGUGAAAGUUAAAGAUAUAUACUUAGACGUGGCGGUCUGGGUUCACGUGUCCCUGGAGAGUCACCGGCAUCACGUGGAGACUUUGCACAGCAAGACCCUUGUGGUUGACGAAGGAAAACCAGUGAGACUGGAUAGACGAAGGCUCCAGGCCGGGAGUGAAGACAGUCUUCCCCCUGGGGCAGUGUUCGUAGUCCGAACCCCGCCAGCGCACGGCCACUUGCGGACGUCAACGCCCGGGGAAGGCAGCGUGGGCGCGGAGGAGGAGGAGAAGCCCCUCGGGAGGUUCACGCUGCAGGACGUGGACGCUGGCCGCGUCCUGUAUGUGCAGACCGCGCCUGGCCAAGCCGGGGACCGAUUUUCCCUGCACGUGACCAAGGACUCCCAGGUUGUGAGUGGAGUGGAAGUGCUGUUGGAUAUCGUCCCCAGGUGGAUUCCUCUCGAAGUGAAGAAUGUCACAGUUCAGGAAGGUGGCUCUGUGGUGCUGCUGGAAGACGACCUCAAAAUUCCCAGCAGACAUUUUGACGGUCUUGACUGUGAGUUUGUUUUACUCGAGUCCCCAAAGCACGGUCAUGUUGAAAGCUCGACUUUUCCAGGAGCGAAGCUGGUGAAAUUUGCCAGGAAACAGGUGGAAAGCAAGCUGAUUCGCUACGUCCAUGGUGACAGCCAGGAGCUGCUGGACAGUCUCACCAUUGCGGCAAGCUGCCCAGAGCUGGGGAAGCAGAGUCUGCCCCGAACUCUCUCUGUGACCGUUAGAUCUGUCAAUUCCGAAGCGCCCGUCAUAACAGCCAACAGAAUCCUGCAGGUGUGGGCGGGCUCUGCCACUGAGCUCAGCAGGCUCGACCUCUGCGCAGAAGACGGGGACUCUUCCCCGCAAGAGCUGGUCUACUGGGUCACUCCGCCCAGCAACGGACACCUGGCUCUCAAGGCCUUUCCUGGCAGAAGCAUCCAGAACUUCACCCAGGCUCAGAUCAAUGACGGCCAGCUCAUGUUUGUCCACUCUGGAGCGCUGGCAGGGAACUUCAGUUUCCAGGUGACUGACGGCUGGAAUCCCGCACCUCGACAAGUCUUUCGGGUGACGGCUCGAGUUCUGCUCAUUAGCUUGGAAGGAAAGAGAGGCCUGAGCAUCUUUCCAGGUUCCACAAAGCCUCUUUCAUCUCACGACCUGCAAGCUGUGACCAACGAUGACAACCCGGGAAACAGAACAGUCACCUUUACAAUUGUGAGAUCCCCUAGACUCGGGAGGUUGCUGAGAAUAAACCCUGACAACUGCACAGAAGACGCGUCCGUGUUCACCCAGGACCUGGUCAAUGGAGGGCGGAUACUAUACCAGCACGUGGAUCUUGAGAACACAGGAUGGACUGCGGAAGAUUGUUUCACGUUCACAGUGUCCUCGGCACCGGCAGUUCUGGGUCCUGAAGAGUUCUGCGUUACCAUUUCAUAUGAAAUUAACGAGCCUGGCCGCCAGAGCCGUCUGCUUGCAAAUGCAGGAGCUGCUGUCCAGGAAGGAGACAAAGUUCUCAUUGACCAAUCUAAGCUGGAUGCGUCCAACCUCUUAUUUCAGCUGACAGAACCUCAACGCCCUUCGUAUGAAAUCUGGUUCCAGGUUACAUCUCUUCCUCGCCAUGGGACCAUUCUGGUCGGAGAAAGAAAUGUAACCCCAGGCAAACCUAACUUCUCCCAGGACGUAGUUAAUAAAUUCGGAAUCACGUACCUUCAUGAUGACUCCGAGUCACUGGCCGAUCAUUUUACCUUCGUCGUUUGGCCAAACGCAAAGAGCAAGUCGCCUAGCAAGCCGGAGACAGGCUUUCUCGAGGAGAUGUUUAACAUCACCAUCACUCCAGUGAAUGACCAGGCCCCAGAAUUAAAGACAAAAGGGCUCCGGUUGAAAGUCCUGCAGGGCAGUAAGGCAGUGGUGGGACCUGAAAUCCUGAAAGUGGAAGACCUGGACAGUCCUCCAAGUGAAAUCACAUACACAAUCAUCCGCCAGCCUCAGAAUGGGUUUUUGGCAAUGGCCCACGAGCCCCAAACACCUGCUCAGCACUUUACACAGGCGGACGUUGAUAACUGUCGGGUGUGGUUCCUGCAAGACGGAAGCCCGUCCUCGGGGGCAUUCUACUUUAGUGCCACUGAUGGCAAACACCGCCCUCUCUACAAGCUCUUCCGCCUGGACGUCAUUCCCAUCUCCAUCACCCUCGUGAACCUCACAGACUUGCUCAUCCCUCAAGGUGACACAACUGUGCCCAUCACCAACGCUCACCUGUCUGCGGUGACCAGUGGGAACAGCUCCCAGAUCACCUACAGGAUCACGUGGCCCCUCCAACAUGGGCACCUGCUGAUGGAAAACCGGGCGGUCACCAGCUUCGGACAGGAGGACGUAGAUUCAGGAAGGCUCUCUUACCACAUGACAGAUCUCACGGCCUCAGAGGACAGACUGCAAUUGUCGCUGUCUACGUCACACGCCAACCUGACGGGACAGACACUGCGCGUCAGAGUGCAGCCUUUACUGCAGGUGACAUCCGACCUGCGGCUCAGCUACAGCGAGGCCCAUCAGCUGCGAAGGAAGGACCUGGACGCGACGGCGCUUGCCAACGUGACGCAGAGUGACCCCACGUUUGAAGUCACGACGCCCCCGGCCCAUGGGAGACUUGGCCGAAGAGCGGUUGACAGCUGUGGCAUCGAAGAGGUCACUGUGUUCACCCAGAGGGACAUUGAUCAAGGACUCCUGGUGCUGGAGCCACACGCUGUGAAUCUAACAGGCACUGACCCUGUGAGCGACUCCUUCUCCUUCUUGCUCAGGGCAGACCGUGUACAGCCAGCAACGGGCUCUCUCUCCUUCACCAUCAUGCCACCUGACCCGUCACUGCUGCCAGCAUUGACGCCCGGUGUCCCGUUAUCAGCCACUGGCCAGAACCCCGUGACCUCGGUUUUCUCUCGUGGAAAAGCCAUGGCUGCAUCAGGACACACAGCACACGUGGACACUACUCAGACCAGAUGGCUGGGAGAAAAUGCCCGGGGACAGCAGAGGGGCAAAGGGCUCCAUGGGGAUGGCAAGGUCUCCCCCACCAGCGUCGUGUGGCCACAGGCUGCCACCCAAGUCAGCCCCGGUGGACCCUUUGAGCUCAGCGAGAGCAGCGGCUACUCCUUGGCGGUCCUUAUUCCUCUGACAGCUGGGUCCCUCCUGCUGGUCGUGACCGCAGUGGCCUUGUGUGUCUGGCUGCUGGGCUGGAAGAAGGACAAGCCCAGACCUUUGAUCAAGCCCCAGACCAGCCUAGAACCCAGGUCUCCAAGUUGUAGGCCAGAAAGGAGUGUUGCCAUUCCCACAGUCACAGUGACACCCCUUCUAAGAAGCCCCAGCAGCUCCUCUCCCAGCGUUUUUAGGGCCCCACAAUCUGAGCACACGGUCUGUCAGGGGGCUGAACCCUUGGAGCAAUGCGCUCCUUGGGAGGCGUGGGCAAACCUGGACCCCAACAUGGCCAGGCUGUGCAGACAAACCAACCCCGCCCUGAAGCCCAGCCAGUACUGGGUGUAGACGGAGGCCUCUUGCCUCUCACUGGCCAGCUGGUGAGAGUUACAGGUUCACAGACGCUGGAGGGCCGGAGAGAUGGCUUAGCGGAGAAGGCGUUUGUCUGCAAAGCCUAAGGACCCAGGUUCGAUUCUCCAGGUCCCACAGUAAACCAGAUGCACAU